ACUCCCUGUCUUAAGGAAUAAAUAAUAAAUUUGUUUAUGUGUGUUGCAGAAGCUAAAUCUGCUGAAGUUAGGAGAUUGUCGGUUCCAGUGGGAAAAGAUCCCCCACCUUCAUUGGGAGGUCAUACAUCAUUAACAGGAGCCUUAGACAAGAAAAUAAAGAGGUCUGAUCAGUUGCUUAUGUCUAGUAUCUCAACUCUGAUGAUUUGUUGUUGUAAACUACUUACAAGUUCAUACCCUGUUCAGGUCACUGUUCCAAUUCGCUUGUUGUUAGCUGUUAUUGAAAGGGUGCUGAUGGUGGACGGUUCUUGUCCACAAACCAUGUUGCCCUUCCUGAGUUCCAUGCAACAGGAGUUAAUUUGUUCAGAGCUUCCAGUUUUGCAUAUGCACAGUUUGGACCUCCUCAUUGUAGUCAUCAAGGGAAUGCGCAGUCAUUUGUUACCACAUGCUGUGGGGGUUGUAAGACUUGUCACCAAGUAUUUCAGGAGAUGUGGACUGCCAAAAUUAAGGACAAAGCUGUAUUCCAUCACUAGGAUUUUACUCAUAUCCAUGGGUGUUGGAAUGGCAAUAUAUCUUGCACAGGAUGUCAUUGACAAUGCAUAUAUUGAUCUGAAUCCUGUUCUUGAAGAAAAUGUUGGAACAUCUGUCUCAAACCCAAACUCCACCAGUAUCCAGGCAGGUAAAAGGAAAAGAAAGCACGGCGCUAGUUUUGGAUCUUCAGAGCAGCAAGACAAAACUAGUUUAGAAGUUGGAGCACCCAAGAAGCACAAAAUUGUUCCAAUUUCUUUAAAGAUGGCUGCCCUUGAGGCUUUAGAAGCUCUUCUUAUGGGAGGUGCUUUAGGAUCUGAGAGUUGGCGAUCUACCAUUGAUAAUCUUUUGAUAAUGAUAGCAACAGAUUCUUGUAAAGAGGAGUGGGCAAAUGAGGAAAAUGACAUUUUCAUGUCCCAUGAAUCAAGCUCCAUUUUGGCAGAUUUUCAGCUUGCAGUAUUAUGUGCCCUCUUGGCAUCACUUCUUGCCCCAGCUCAUUUCCGUCCACCAUAUUUAUCCCAAGGUCUUGAUCUUUUUCGUAGAGGUAACCAUUUCUCCCUGCAACAUACCUCAUUUCUCUUAUCAUUUGAAAAUAUGAGUACUGUCCAUGUAUUAUUAGGAUAAUUGUAACUUUGUAAGCUUAGCAUGCUUUUCAAAAGAAGAAUUUUAGGUGACCUACCAAAUCUUUCCUAAUGGUAAAUACUGAAGAUGACCUGAUGUAAAUGCUGGUUGUUAAGUGUCCUAGCUAUAAUUGGUCGGUGAUUCAAGGGGUAUCUUUCAUUUGACCAACUAGUUCUGUCUUCUGUGGAUGGCAAACAUGGGUGUCAUGUAGGUGCCUUC